UUCCCUGUCAAUUAUCCUGGAACCGAUUUUUCUGUUUUUCCUGGAAAUGUGUUCAGUACAGUGUUCCUAACAAGGUUUACAUGAAUAAUCUCAGGAACGAUCGGUGUUAUGAAUGAGGAGCAUUUGAUGGUUCUGGACCUGUGCUCAAUGGUGUUGAGAGGGACGGUGGGGGUGGUGGAGGGAUGUAUGGUUAAUAAACCUACCGAAUGCUGAAAAGCCUGGAUACAGUGGACAUGGAGAGGAUGUUUCCAUUAGACACAGAGUCUGUGAUCUGAAAACACAGUCUCAGAAUAAAGAUGCUUCCCCUUAAAACUCAGAUGAGAAACAUUUUAUGGCCAAAAGAUGUCUGAUCUGUGGAAUUUGUUGCCACAGAGGUUGGUUGAGGCUGCCAUUUGGGUAUAUUUGUGAAGAUUAAUAUACUGAUGAUUGCUGAGUAGCUUCAGGGUUACAGGAGGAAGGCAGGAAUAUGUUGUUGGAAUAAAAAUCAGCCCUGGUUGAAUGGUGGACAGACCAGAUGGAUUGAAUCACCUGAUUCUGUUCCUGUGUCGUAUGUCUUACCGUGACUGAAUGAUGGCUCCUUCUUAUCCCAUAUCGUCUGUGACAUGUGAGGGACAAUAAAAGAUUGUUUACUGAGAUCAUUACAUCUGCCUUCAGUGUUUAAAUUUCAGUGAGUUUUGUUCUUAGUAACAUUACACAGAAAUGUUUAGUUCUCCUUUUCAUUAUUAAUGUGCUUCAUUGUCUCUCUGUUUAAAGUUCGACCAGUGGUGAGAGGUUUCAUGGAAGGAAAACCCCAACUGGACGCAAACCACGACUGAAGACGAGGGAACAGCAACAAGUGAACCAGCCCGAGGACUGAGAGCACCGACUGGAGAGGACCCAUCUGACUCGGAGAUUCCAGUGAUUCAGUCAGGAGAAAGUUUGCCACAGUUGUGUCCUCCUGCCUUUCCAAUGCUCAACUUCUUUGGGAUGUGUCUAUCACUCAGCUCCCGAGUUGCUCCCAGAAACUCCAGCCAUUGCUGCUCCGUCGUCACUCCUACCAGACUCCCCUUCCAGUCAGGUUUGGCCAGCUUCUCUGUCACAGAAACAUGGAGAAAGUCAGAACAGAAACAAGCCCACUCUGGACGAUCGGAAUGGUUAAAAAUGAGAAGGAAUUUGUCUCCAGGAAUCUCAAACUUGGCACGCCAGUUUUGCUGUCUCUGUCUAGAUACUUAAGAAGUGGAGCAAGAGAUUCAAUCGACCAUCCUUCCAGCUCAGACUGUGGGGAGGGAUUCACUCGUGCAUUUGACGAACUUGCAUGCCCGUCAUUUUACACAGGAGAAAGGCCGUUCACCCGCUCAGACAGUGGGAAUGGAUUCACUUGCUUAUCACAAUUGAAUGUACAUCAGCAAGCUCACACUGGGCAAGGCCAAUCACCUGUUCUGUGUGUGAGAAGGGAUUCAGUCGGUCUUCCCACCAGUGGUCAUACCAGUCAGUUCACACUGGGCAGAGGCUGGUCAUCUGCUGAAUUUGUGGGGAAAGGUUCACUCGGUCAUCUGACCUAAUGGCUCACCAGCGAGUUCACACGAGGGAGCAGCCGUUCACCUGCUCAGACUGUGAGAAGAGAUUCACUCACUCUUCCACCUUGUGGAAACACCAGCGAGUUCACACUGGGGAGAAGCCGUACAUCUGCUCAAUCUGUGGGAAGAGAUUCACUGAGUCAUCCACCCUACUGGUACAUCAGCGAGUUCACACUGGGGAGAAGCCAUUCACCUGCUCAGUCUGUGGGAAGAGAUUCACUCAGUUAACCCACCUACAGAGUCAUCAGCGAGUUCACACUGGGGAGAGGCCAUUCACCUGCUCAGAAUGUGGAAAAGGAUUCACUGAGUUAUCCAGCCUACAGAGACAUCAGCGAGUUCACACUGGGGAGAAGCCGUUCACCUGCUCAGAAUGUGGGAAGAGAUUCACUCAGUCAUCCACCCUACAGAAUCACCAGCGAGUUCACACUGGGGAGAGGCCAUUCACCUGCUCAGAAUGUGGGAAAGGAUUCACUGAGUUAUCCAGCCUACAGAGUCACCAGCGAGUUCACACUGGGGAGAGGCCGUUCAACUGCUCAGAAUGUGGGAAGAGAUUCACUCGCUCUUCCAGCCUACAGAGACAUCGGCAAGUUCACUCCGGGGAGAAGCCGUUCAUCUGCUGAGAAUGUGGGACAGGAUUCAGUUAGUCAUCCCAACUGCUGGUACACCAGUCGGAUCACAAUGAGGAGUGGCCAUUGUUAUGAAUCUCUAGGUUUCAUUUGCUGUGGACUAUCAUUUUAAGAGAGAGAAAUGAAGAAGAUGAAUCAGUCUGACUUGCAGCUAUUUUACAUUGCUCGCAGCUUGUUUAGUUUAACCAAGGACAUAGACACUCAGAGUCAGAUGGGGAUGAAGGAGGAAAAAUGGAAGGAUCGAACCCAGGGAACUAGUGGACAAGGGUCACUGUUUGGAAUUUUUCUAUGCCCACAAUGGUGGGUUAAUUAUCAAUUCAGCAUACAUCGAAUGUGUGGUUGUUACCUUGUUUGAUCCAUAGGGGUGGAUCUGUUUUGGAGUAUCCUGUGAAGACCACUGAUGUGUUAACCUUUGCCUAGAUGUGGUGUGGUAAUUCACUUGACGAUACCUCUUGUGACAAGUCACUUUCGGUGAUAAUUCAUAUGUGGAUUUGGAAUGAUGACAGAUAAAAUCUACAGCAACUAUUCUCUCAUUUUACAACCAUGGAACCUGUGGAAUUCAACAUAAUUGCCUUCUCUCGACAUUUACCCUAGAUUACAAAUAUCUCUCUCUCAUCACCUAUUCUGUGGAUGAACUGAACAUUCAUACUUUACCAUCUCAAGACUCCAAGCCUUGUUUCCCCCGAGAAUAGUUUGGGAGCUAUAUUUACACUCAUGCCACUUAACUUUUGUUUAUCUUCCUUAAGUUAUUGUAUAAGUAGAUUCUAUUAAAGAUUGUUUUAACAUCAAAAACAGACUCCAGGUGUAGUCCAUUGCUGCUGGUUCAUUUCUAAAGCAUAACAAUUCAGAGUAAAAUUGGGGCCUGCAACCGGAAUAUGAACAGAUUUGGGGGUGUAUUGAUUAGUUAUCGAUUUCAUUGGGGAAAUUCCUUUUGAUUUAUUUGUGUGUGGAAAAUCAGCAGCAAUGGAUGUUGAUAGAUGUCAGGAAGCACUAGCCUCUGAGGCAUUAGAGGACGCCGGUAGGAUUGAGUUGUUGAGUCUUGCUAGAAGGUUAAAACUUGCUAAGGUGAAAUCGACAAUGAGGAGGGCUCAGAUGCAGAGGAUAAUAGCUGAACAUUAUGUAUCUGAGGGAGUGUUUAAAGUGGAGGAGUUGGAGUUUUUUCCUGAAAGUAAACCUCGUGAGCUUGAGCUCCAGUAGAAGUGAGAAAAAUUAAAGAUGGAGGCUGCGGAAAGGCAGUGGGAGCUUGAGACUAGACAGACAGAAAAACAGGGAGGAAGCAGAAAGACCGGCUGUUUGAGUUGGAAAAGAUAGAGAGAUUGCAGCAAAGGGGUCUAGCGUUAGACUCUAGUGUUAAGUUGAGGCCAGUCAAGAAGUUAAAUUGGUUCCUCUAUUUGACGAGGUAGAGGUUGAUAAAUACUUUCGGCAUUUUGAGAAGUUUGCUCAGAGUUUAAAAUGGCCAAGAGAGGGUUGGCAUAUUCUCUUACAAAGUGCAAUUCAGGAGAACGCUUAGCAAGCCGAUUCUGCUUUGGCAGUUGAUGAAGCAGCUGAUUAUAGAACAUAGAAUAGUACAGCACAAUACAGGCCCUUCGGCCCACAAUGUUGUGCCAACCCUUAAGCCCUGCCUCCCAUAUAUCCCCCCACACCUUAAAUUUCUCCAUAUACCUGUCUGGUAGCCUUUUGAAUUUCACUAUAUCUGCUUCCACCACUGACUCAGGCAGUGCAUUCCACACACCAACCACCCUCUGAGUGAAAAAAACCUUUCUCUAAUAUCCCCCUUGAACUUCCCACCCCUUACCUUAAAGCUACGUCCUCUUGUAUUGAGCAGUGGUGCCCUGGGGAAGAGGUGCUGGCUGUCCACUUUAUCUAUGCCUCUUAAUAUCUUGUAUACCUCUAUUAUGUCUCCUUUCAUUCUUCUUCUUUCCAGAGAGUAAAGCCCUAGCUCCCUUAAUCUCUGAUCAUAAUGCAUGCUGACUAAACCAGGCAGUAUCCUGGUAAAUCUCCUCUGUACCCUUUGCAAUGCUUCCACAUACUUCCUAUAGUGAGGCGACCAGAACUGGACACAAUACUCCAAAUGUGGCCUAAUUAGAGUUUUAUAGAGCUGCAUCAUUACAUCGCGUCUCUUAAACUCUAUCCCUCGACAUAUGAAGGCUAACACCCUAUAAGCUUUCUUAACUACCCUAUCUACCUGUGAGGCAACUUUCAGAGAUCUGUGGACAUGUACUCCCAGACCCCUCUGCUCCUCCACACUACUAAUUAUCCUGCCAUUUACUUUGUACUUUGCCUUGGAGAUUUCAGCUUCCAAAGAGCACCACCUCACACUUCUGAAGGUAGAAGCAAAAAGUAGUAAGGUGAAAAGUAAAAGUGGCAGGCAGGCAAAUCCAGGGCAAAAAUCAAAAAGGGCCAGUUUUCAACAUAAUUGUAUAAGGGCUAAGAGUGUUUAAAAACAAGACUGAAGGCAUUGUGGGUCAAUGCAUGGAGCAUUUGUAACAAGGUGAAUGAUUGAAUGUGCAGAUAGUUAUUAAUGAAUCUGAUAUAGUUGGGCUCACAGUGACAUGGCUCCAGGGUGACCAAGGAUGCGAGGUCAACAUCCAGGGAUAUUCAAUAUUCAGGAGGGAUAGACAAGAAAGAAAAGGAGGUGGGGUAGCGUUGCUGGUUAGAGAGGAGAUUAAUGCAAUAGAAAGAAAGGAAAUUGGCCUGGAGGAUGUGGAAUCAAUAUCAGUACAGCUGCAUAACACUCAGGGGUAGAAAACGCUGGUGGGAGAUGUGUACAGGCCACAUAACAGUACUAGUGUGGUUUCGGAUGGCAUUAAACAGGAAAUUAGAAAUGCGUGCAAUAAAGGUACAACAGUUGUAAUGGGUGAGUUCAUUCUACAUAUAGAUUGGGUGGACCAAGUGGGUAAGGGUGCUGAGGAAGAAGAUUUCUUGGAAUGUAUGCAAAAUGGUUUUCUGAACCAAAAUGUCGAGGAACCAACUAGACAGCAAGCCAUUCUAGACUGGGUAUUAUUGUGUGAUGAGAAAGGGUUAGUUAGCAAUCUUGUCGUGCGAGGCCCUUUGGGUAAGAGUGACCAUAAUAUGGUGGAAUUCUUCAUUAAGAUGGAGAGUGACGUAGUUAAUUCAGAAAAAAAAGGUUCUGAACUUAAAGAAGGGUAACUUUGAAAGUAUGAGAUAGGAAUUAGCUAAGAUAGACUGGCAAAUGAUACUUAAAGGGAUGAUGGUGGAUAUGCAAUGGCAAGCAUUUAAAGAUCGCGUGGAUGAACUACAACAAGUGUUCAUCCCAGUUUGGCAAAAGAAUAAACCAGGGAAGGUAGUGCACCCAUGGCUGACAAGAGAAAUUAGGGAUAGUAUCAAUUCCAAAGAAGAAACAUACAAAUUAGCCAGAAAAGGCAGCACACUUGAGGACUGGGAGAAACUCAGAGUCCAGCAGAGGAGGACAAAGGGAUUAAUUCGGAAAGGGACAAAAGAUUAUGAGAGAAAGCUGGCAGGGAACAUAAAAACUGACUGUAAACUCUUUUAUAGCCUUUUAAAGAAAACGAUUGGUUGACAAAUGUCAAUCCUUGCAGUCAGAAACAGGUGAAUUGAUCAUGGGGAAUAAGGACAUGGCAGACCAUUUGAAUAACAACUUUGGUUCUGUCUUCACUAAGGAGGAGAUAAAUAAUCUUCUGGAAAUAGUAGGGGACCAAGGGUCUAGUUAGAUGGAGGAACUGAGGGAAAUGCAUGUUCGUAGAGAAGUGGUGUUAGGUAAAUUGAAGGGAUUAAAAGCAGAUAACUCCUCAGGGCCAGAUGGCCUGCAUCCCAGAGUGCUUAAGGAAGUAGCCUAAGAAACAGUGGAUGCAUUAGCGAUAAUUUUUCAAAACUCUUCAGAUUCUGGAUUAAUUCCUGAGAAUUGGAGGGUGGCUAAUGUAACCCCACUUCUUACAAAAGGAGGGAGAGAGAAACUGGGGAAUUGUAGAUUGGUUAGCCUGACAUCAGUGGUGGGGACAAUGCUAGACAGUUAUCGAAGAUGUGAAAGAUUUGGAAAGAGGUGAAAUCAUCGGAAAAAGUCAGCAUGGAUUUGUGAAAGGUAAAUCAUGUCUGACAAAUCUUAUAGAAGUUUUUGAGGAUGUAACUAAUAGAGUGGAUGGGGAGAUCCAGUGGAUCUGGUAUAUUUGGAUUUUCAAAAGGCUUUUGACAAGGUCCCACACAGUAGAUUAGUGUGCAAACUUAAAGCACACGGUAUUGGGGGUAUGGUAUAGAUGUGGAUAGAGAAUUGUUUGCCAGACAGGAAGCAAAGAGUGGGAAUAAAUGGGACCAUUUCAUAAUGGCAAGCAGUGACUAGUGGGGUAUUGCAAGGCUCAUUGCUGGGACCCCAGUUGUUUACAAUAUUUAUUAAUGAUUUAGACCAGGGAAUUAAAUGCAGUAUCUCCAAGUUUGUGGAAGACAUGAAGCUGGGAGGCAGUGUUAGCUAUGAGGAGGAUGCAAAGUGGAUGCAGGCUGACUUGGAUAGGUUAGAUGAGUGGGCAGAUUCAUGGCAGAUGCAAAUUAAUGUGGAUAAAUGUGAGGUUCUCCACCUUGGUGGCAAGAGCAGGAAAACAUGGUGGCCAAUUAGGAAAAGGGGAGGUACAACAAUAC